UCCCCUACAUUUCCUCUAACUAGCUUUGUCACUCGUUACUACCAAAUAAAAUCAGAAGAAGAAGAGUUGGUAAUGGUCUGUAUUUAUAUAGAGCUUUUCUAGUCUUGGUGAGCUGCUUUACUCUACAGUUUUCACCCCUUCACAAGUGUCUUGCUCAAGGACACAUAGAUGGACUAGCAGAGCCCGAAAUUGAAACCAGACCCUUCCAGUUGAAAGACAACUCAUGGCUCAAUCCUUACUCUUCACUUUUACUUCUAAAGCUUGAGUACAUUUUAUAUCAGACAAUUACUUUUGAUACUUAAGUACAGUAAAUGUCAUAUACUUUAAGACUUUUACUUAAGUUAUAUGACCAAAAAAAGUGACGUCAACUUCUACCUAAGUCAUUUUCUGGUAAGUUGCUUGUACUUUUACUCAAGUAUCCAUUUUAAGUACUUUAUACAAGACUGACUACACCAGCAGAAGAUCUCACUGGAUACCACUCCACCCAUGUUAUUACAAGUGCUGUUUCCCUAAUAAUAAAGUGGCCAGUGAGUGUGAAUACAUUUUGACUACCAUAAACAUCUGACUGCAUAACUUAGUGCUGUUCCACAGGCUAACAAACAUGAGUAUGUUUUAAACUUCUUCCAGGACUGUUACGUGUGGGUGGAACUCGACCACUUCACACGGGAAGACCAAACUUUUGAUUACAAAUCCCUCCGCCGUUGCAAUAACGUAGUCCUCAUCAAAACACAAGGACGUGUAUCGAUUCCUUCACGUUAUAUCCUUCUAUACGACAACUAUACACUGGAGGGGUUCAUGUAGCAGGUCAGGCUACAGUUUUAACUACUUACCAUCGCUCACAUACCGAUCACAGAUCAACCGUGAGAGUGAUGAGACAUCUGCUGCUCCAGAUGUGACUGAGCAGCUCCGUCCGCGCGCAGCAGAUUCAGUGUGACAACGGUCCGAUCAGUCUGUAAGAUGUCUGUGCAGCUUUACUCAGCGAGUCAACCUGGACCAGAGUGGACUGAUGCCACUCUUCCAAGAACCACUGUCGGGGGCAACAAACCUCUACAUCGCUUCAUUAAAGGGCAGCCCAAGAUUCUUGGUAUUGUUAUUUUGAUCUUGGGCACAGCUUUCAUUAUGAUUUCCAUCGCACUGUGGGGGGACAACCUGCAUCUGUCUUUGUACAUCAUCCUCCCACCUGGCUUCCUGCAGGGAUCACUGUUCAUCGUAUGCGGGAUUCUGUACAUUCUGACUGAGCACAAUCCAACAAAGAAAACCGUUACCACAUCGCUGGCUCUGAGUGUUGUGACUGCGCUGGCGGCAUUGUGGAGUUUACUGUUAAUCCUGGCUGACUUGGGUUACAGCCACAGCGCCCACUCGUACCAUUUGGAAUACAAUUCUACAGAGUAUGAAGAGACUUCACAUUACGCGUCCAUGGGAAUGGUCUUGGGGAUAAUCCUUGCAUUCUACACUGCGGCUGGUGUAAUUAUAGUUAUUGUGAUGUCAACGCUGGCAACUGCUGCCCUACGUUCCACAAAGAGCCAGGCCGUUGUUGUGAUGACCACUGAUCCGACUUCACCUCCGACUCAGUGAUGAGCAGGAGAAAAUGGCUGACGUGGGAGGAGCUAAGCAGACAGAAGAUUUAUGACGCAUUCAAAAACAGCAAAGUAUUUUUCUAUGUGGAUACAUGAUGCCUUUUUUAUCUUUAUGGAAUACAUAUUGUAAAUGACUGUGAUCUAUUAUUAUUAUUACUAUGCUUUUGGAUUAACUGACCGCCUGAAGAGACUAGAAGACUGUUCUACGAAUCAAGAUUUGUGGUUGUUGAGAUAAGUUCAGGUUUAAUACCAGGUUUAAGUCUGUGGCCUAUUGCUUUUAUGGAUUCAGUUAUUUCUACCCGUUACUUUUAAAAAAAUUACUAGUCUGUUCUAUACUGCUGAUAUUGUACAGCAUUUCAAUGUUGACCAGUGGUAUAGAUAAAGUUUUAUUAUUACAGUGCGUGUUUUUUUCAGUGAAACACUGUCAUAACACCAGAGGAAAAAAGUCAACUUCACAUUUUUAGAUCCACAAUGACACAAAUCAAACAUACAAAUCACAAGUGUUUAUAACCAGAUUUAAGGAAAAAAACAAACUACAAAAUGUUAUGUCUCAUUUAGUCAUAUACACACUGUAAUGAAUAUAACACAUAAAAAAAUAAUUGCUCUUG